AAAUGAUUGAUGUUAGAAGCUUCCUGGAAAAGAGAAAUGAUUAUGUAGCUGCUGUGAGGCAAGAACUACCCACGAUUCAUAGGAGAGUAUUGUCAGCUAGCCCGAAGAGAAGAGAACCAUUUACGCAUAGGGUUAGGAAGAUGUGUAAAUAUGAUAAAUGCAAAAAUUCAAAACUCUCAAUGGUAAAACACCUCAAGUUCGUUGUCUGCAGCGAUGAACUUCCAAGAGAACCUAUGACCAAAGUGCAGAAGAAAGAGUUUCGAAGAGGAAUGAAGGACUACCUUAAUAUCUCAUGCAAAGUUUAUACCAGGCUUAACUGAUUCAGCCCAGGAAAAUUUAACUCAAAGAGGCUGCUCGAAGGAAAAUUUGCGCAGUUUUCAAAGAAGUUUCCUCUAUCAGCUGCUCUGGCUCCUCAAGCAAAGCUUAGUCUCAGAAGAAAGUCAAGGUUUGCCUAAUUCUUUGAGUUCCAAAUCCUAUCAACUUCGAAAAGGAAGAGAGGAUAUUGGAAGAGGUCACUUAAAUUUUCGUAAAAAUU